AUGUCCUGCUCACCGCAGCUACCGCGGCCUGAGGAACCAGACUCUAGUGACUACGGAUCGGAUUUCACUCCGGAUGAGGAGGAACUGGUGAACGAGUUGCUGGCCCGCGCCGCGGAAGACGCGACCGAAAGGCCCAACGCCACCUCUCCCUUGACUCCAAUCCACGUCGCUGCGUUCGCGACAGAGCACCCGAGUUCGCUUGUAGCUACAAGCCUACUCGCAAAUUUUGAAUCUUUACAACCAGCGGCUCUCUCUUCGCCUGUCGAGGACAUCGAAGAUGGCAUCCAGGGCGUCCGGCUGCCUAAGGUGCUGGGCCGGCAGAUGCUUCGCUCGCCCUGGAGAGACACGAGUCAGCAGGCCUGGGUUGGACCACCUGGUUCUCGGAGCCCCGUGGCUGAGGGGGCAAGUCAGGGCGCAGGCAACAGGAGUUCUCCGAUUGUGGAAGAUCCUAUCUCAACCGAAGGCAGAGAGCGAGAGCGAGAACGGGGCGCUGUGCGCGAGGAAGAAUGGACGCGAGUUGAACAAUUAGCCCCAACGCUGGACUCGCGGACUCCCGUCGAGCGCUUUCGCCGGCCGCCCAACAAGGCAUUCUCAGUUACGGACUUGGUUUCUCCGGCAUGGUGUGAGUUGCAAUAUUGGUAUACCUUGACGAAACAUGGACGGAAGCGGAGGACACCUGCAAUGAAGAAAGGAAGUGUCGUGCACAAGGCUCUCGAAGAUGAAAUUUACACGACUGUUCCGGUAGAAAUCACUACCAAGGAAGAUGCAUGGGCUCUGAGAAUUUGGAAUGUCAUACAGGGCUUACGCAUGCUGCGCGAGUAUGGCGUUACGCGGGAGCUUGAGGUCUGGGGAAUAGUCGAUGGGGAGCUGGUUAAUGGGGUUAUUGACCAGCUGUCAUACGAAUGCCCUGAUUCCGAGCUCGAGGCUACCGCUGCCAGGUAUUAUGCAGAUGCGGUAACUUCGCGAGCGGUCCUACCUGAGUACCAGAUGUCCCUGUCGGAUUUCUUGCUGUCGUCCUCACAAGGCGGCAGGAGACUUUCUGAUCUUGCAGAUAUUGGAGUCGCAGAGGAAGUCCCUCCCAGCCUCGAAGACCCAACAGUGCCUGGGUUGCCACGUAUUUACAUGACUGAUGUCAAGACCAAAGCCAGUGGGUCUGUCCCGACGAUUAAGAGCACAUCAUUCCGGCCGACGCUUCUUCAACUACAACUGUAUUACCAUAUGCUCAAUCGUCUCAUCACCACUGACGAUGUCACCAUCGACGUGCUUGCAGCACGCUACGAUCUCGAUCCUCAACGCUCGUUCACCGAGGCCUUCAUCUCCGAGGUUAGCGGACUGAACGACGAAUACUUUGAUGCUGCCUCGUCCCAAGAAUUUGACCUGGACGAUGUUCCUACCCCAGAUGAUGCAGUGCAAGCCCCUCUUGGUUCCGGUCCUGCUGCUAUCCCAUCACACGCCAGCCAAGACUCGACCAGCAUACUGUUGACCCAUGGAACCUUAUCCUCUCUUUGGAAAUAUAUGAAGGAGCAGCUUCGAUAUACUUUCAUACCGUCCGUUACAGACCAAGCACUGUCGGUUGCACCAUCUAUCCCAUCACAUAUACAGCCGGAGAUGCUUGCAGAGUACCCUACUCUACUCUCUCCAGUUCUCACAGCUCGAUUUCUUUCAUCAGCUCCGACGACUGAUCUCCGCCCGAAGCUCUUGGGAAGUCGAUCCUUCCUAUUUGACCCUGCAACCAUGACCUCUUAUCUUACCAAGCAAAUGGAGUGGUGGCGCGGUCAGCGCGACCCAAAUGGUGUCGGCAUUGUGGAGGCAUGGAAAUGUCGUAUCUGCGAAUUUCGCGACGAAUGCACAUGGCGCCAGGAGCGAGAAUGGGAUAUCGCUAAUCGAAAUCGCCGGCGACGCAUGGGUUUUUCGUCUGAUAUAUGA